CGAGCGCGCGCGGCAGCGGCAGUGUGUUCGGGACGCGCGUGGAGGUCGGUCGCUCGGAGGUGCUGGGCGCGUCGUGGCGGCGGGCGAGUUCCUGCGAGUACCCAGUGGUCUCCCUCUGCCCGCAGCCUCCCGACCGGUCGCCCCGCGCCCCUUCCAGCGCCUUCCGCCUUCAGCCCGUCGAAGCUCUGGAGAUGAAUUUCGCCAUCUCUUCAGAGAUGACCCAGAUUAUGAUGCAUGAUUAUCACAGAAGAAAUUCAUGUCUAUAGCUUUUAAGGACUUGAUUACAUCAUUUUCAAGCCUGAUAGUUUUGGAACCACCAUUAAAGCCUAAGACGUCUACCUUCACUCAGCCACCUGUCUUCACACCAUAACCAAGUGCUUUGUUUCAACACUCCUUUGUCUUUCGACACAUUUCUCUUCAGUAAUAGUUGCCAAAUUUAUAAGGAAAAAUGAUUCCCAAUGGAUAUUUGAUGUUUGAAGAUGAAAAUUUUAUUGAAUCUUCUGUUGCCAAAUUAAAUGCCUUGAGGAAAAGUGGGCAGUUCUGUGAUGUUCGACUUCAGGUCUGUGGCCAUGAGAUGCUGGCACACAGGGCAGUCCUGGCUUGCUGUAGCCCCUAUCUAUUUGAAAUCUUUAAUAGUGACAGUGACCCUCAUGGAGUUUCUCACGUGAAGUUGGAUGAUCUCAAUCCAGAAGCUGUUGAAGUCUUGCUGAAUUACGCAUACACUGCUCAGUUGAAAGCUGAUAAGGAAUUAGUGAAAGAUGUUUAUUCUGCAGCAAAGAAGCUGAAGAUGGACCGAGUAAAGCAGGUCUGUGGGGAUUAUUUACUGUCUAGGAUGGAUGUUACUAGCUGCAUCUCUUACCGGAAUUUUGCAAGUUGUAUGGGAGACUCCCGUUUGUUGAAUAAAGUUGACGCCUAUAUUCAGGAGCAUUUGUUACAAAUUUCAGAAGAGGAGGAAUUUCUUAAGCUUCCGAGACUAAAGUUGGAGGUAAUGCUUGAAGAUAAUGUUUGCUUGCCCAGCAAUGGCAAGUUGUACACAAAGGUAAUCAACUGGGUGCAGCGUAGCAUCUGGGAGAAUGGAGACAGCCUGGAGGAGCUCAUGGAAGAGGUUCAAACCUUGUACUACUCAGCUGAUCACAAGCUGCUUGAUGGGAACCCACUAGAUGGACAGGCUGAGGUGUUUGGCAGUGAUGAUGACCACAUUCAGUUUGUGCAGAAAAAGCCACCCCGUGAGAAUGGCCAUAAGCAGAUAAGUGGCAGUUCCACUGGAUGUCUCUCUUCUCCAAAUGCUUCAGUGCAAAGUCCUAAGCAUGAGUGGAAAAUCGUUGCUUCAGAAAAGACUUCAAAUAACACUUACUUGUGCCUGGCUGUGCUGGAUGGUACAUUCUGUGUCAUUUUCCUUCAUGGGCGGAACAGUCCACAGAGCUCACCAACAAGUACUCCAAAACUGAGCAAGAGUUUAAGCUUUGAGAUGCAGCCAGAUGAGCUCCUAGAAAAGCCUAUGUCUCCCAUGCAGUACGCACGGUCUGGACUGGGGACAGCAGAGAUGAAUGGCAAACUCAUAGCUGCAGGUGGUUAUAACAGAGAGGAGUGUCUUCGAACAGUUGAAUGCUAUGAUCCACACACAGAUCACUGGUCCUUCCUUGCUCCCAUGAGAACACCAAGAGCCCGCUUUCAGAUGGCUGUGCUGAUGGGACAGCUUUAUGUGGUGGGUGGAUCAAAUGGACACUCCGAUGACCUGAGCUGUGGAGAGAUGUAUGACCCGAGCAUUGAUGACUGGACCCCUGUGCCAGAGCUGAGAACUAACCGUUGUAAUGCAGGAGUGUGUGCUCUGAAUGGGAAACUGUACAUUGUUGGUGGCUCUGAUCCAUAUGGUCAAAAAGGUCUGAAAAAUUGUGAUGUAUUUGAUCCUGUAACAAAGUCAUGGACAAGCUGUGCUCCUCUUAACAUUCGUAGACACCAGUCUGCAGUUUGUGAACUUGGUGGUUAUUUGUAUAUAAUUGGAGGUGCAGAAUCUUGGAAUUGUCUGAACACAGUAGAACGAUACAAUCCUGAAAACAACACCUGGACUUUAAUUGCACCCAUGAAUGUGGCUAGGCGAGGAGCUGGUGUCGCUGUUCUUGAUGGAAAACUGUUUGUAGGCGGUGGCUUUGAUGGUUCUCAUGCCAUCAGUUGUGUAGAGAUGUAUGAUCCAACCAGGAAUGAAUGGAAGAUGAUGGGAAAUAUGACUUCACCAAGGAGCAACGCUGGGAUCACAACUGUAGGGAACACCAUUUACGCAGUGGGAGGAUUUGAUGGCAAUGAGUUUCUGAAUACCGUGGAAGUCUACAACCUUGAAUCAAAUGAGUGGAGCCCUUACACAAAGAUUUUUCAGUUUUAACAAAUUUCAGAACUCCAAACUAACAGGCUUAGUGAUGUAAUUGUGUGUAGUAGAGGUACACUUGUGAAUAAGGAGGGUGGGUGGGGUAGAUGUUGCUAACGGCAACACAAAGCUUCUGCAUAUUGCAUAUUAUUAAACAUGCUGUACAUACUUUUUGUGUUUGGAACGGAAUGCAAAGAUGAAGGUCUGUUUGUGAAUUCUUAAGACAUCGUUGGUUAUUUUACUUUUUGAAGGUUGAUACUGUAAAAGAAUAAACCACAAAUUGAUUGGGAACAUCAUUUUAAGAAGUCCCUGCUCCUCCUCAUUUGUUUUGCCGAUUUGCACAUUAAAUGACUCUUCCCUCAGUUCUGUCUUAAGAGACGAGGGGUAGGGUUUACACGUAGGCAGUUGGGUUUUUAAGGGCCCCUUUUCAAUAACUGGAACACUCUAUAACAAGAUACUUAUUUAAAUAGAUAACAAUGACUAUUUUUGUUUUUAUUAAAAGAAAAGUUCACAUGCCUACCAAUAUUUAGUCUUUUAUGAUUACAUUUUUAUAACUUUUUAUAUUCUCAGCAGAGUGCUUUAUCUGUUGAAGUAAAAUGUGACAGAUUCACGUUAUCAAAGCAGAGUGGCAGAGGAAAGGAUGCAGAGUGGGGUGUUUCUUUUAAAUGCUCAGAACGCAAACUUAGCAUUUGCCGCAGCUGUCCCUUUUUCUUUUCUGUUUGAGAGUGCAGUAUCGAUGUUUAUUUGGAUGGAGUUGAAUAGUAACAGUAAUAAUUCAAACCCAGGUUUGAUGAAUUACUGACUUACUGAAACAUUUAAACUGUCUUUAUUUAUCACUAACCAAACAAUUGUAAGUGGAAGCCUUUGAUUGAAACAAUUAAACUGUACUGGGUUUGUGACUGCACCCCUUUUCAGAAGUGUUUUGUUCAGCUUUCUUACUCACCUGGAUUGACUGGUUGGGGUGACUCGGUGUCUGUGUAGUGCUACACCUAAUUUAUGGUGCCCAAAUGAGCAAAUCUAAUGCUUGCUGCAGAUGCAAACACAUUAAAGGUACUUUGCAGUAAA